AUGACUCUUGUACCCGAGGCCAGCCCUAAACAUCACAUGACCUUCAAUUUGACUGGAAGCUGCGCAGUCCUGGCAGUCCCAGCCUCCAGGUACUCGAGCCGCCUUGGCAGUUCCCCCAAAUGUAUGACUGAACCUCAACGCAGUUCAGUGGCUAGCUGUGUCAGCAAGUAGUGCGAAAAAAUGCACAUCCCAAUGCGAACACUGCACCGUGGUCCUGUCAGGUGUACCCUCGACUGCCACAGUAUGACGGUAAGUGGAUCGAUAUUACUGUUCCGCUACAUCAUACUCGUCUAGUAACAAGUUACGAAAAAUCGACAUUCAGUGUUUGCCUAGACAAUGCUAUACACAACACACGGAUAUCGUGUCAACAGAAGAAUCUGCUCUACCUCGAAAGUAACACCAAAACCAAUCCCGAAGACUUCCAUCACCCCACAUCGCUGGCUCGCAAACAGAUCGAGGAUGAAUUUCCAUUCUAUUAUUGCCUUGAUACAGAGCGGCGCGAGCUCAAUGAUAGUGAAAGCGACAACAGAAACUCUGACGAGGACGGCAUUGCGGUCAUCCCCAUCUGUUCAGGCGAACCUGCUAACUUCGACCCACUCAAGAUUAAAUGACGUUGCGCUCGGUAGUCUCAGCGGUGGCCUGCUCUUGAGCAACUUUCACGCAAGGGAAAUCCUUGAACUUCUGAAUCACGUACCUGGUCUGUACAUUGUCCUUCAGUCUUUAUCCAAGCCAAUCGACGAACGCCAAGCACUGACAAGCAUCUGGAUUCGUUCAUCCGCUUACAGCUGGAUUUCAAAGCCCACUUGUCGAAUUGCAAUAUUCCCGCUCAAACAGCUAACUGUGAGCUCCCCUCUUAGAAAGCGUCAUGAAAAUCGCGCUCAGGCUGACAGCCGCAGCUCAAUCCUCAGCGAGUUCAUCCUAACAUGCAUCCUGAAGGACACUAGCCUGACAAUUAAACUCUGCAUGUUCCACAAACUAUACUAAAUGAUCACGGUGGCGGCAACUUGUUACAUCUCUGGGGGACUUGCUUGAGCAAGGUGAAGUAGACGGGUG